CCCACGGCUGCGGGGCCCUCCUGGCAGAAUCCAAGGGGUGAGGGGCACUCGGUCUGCAGCAGAAAGCCCUGGGCUUAAAGUCCCAUUUAUUAGUUGGCGUUGCCACUUACUGGUCGGUGGCUUUGGUAGGGCGCGUUUCUGAGCCUCAGUUUCCCCAUCUGUAAAGCCGAAGUAAAUAGCGCUCUCCCUGCGGAAUUAGAAAUUUCGACGACGUGCUGCACGCUCAGCAAGCGGCUCCUACCCGGCCCAGAGCAGGACCUCGGCGCCAAGUCACCCGCAGAGUCGCCGCAACUCAAGCGAAUCGCAGCUGUGUGGUCAACCUUCCCCUCCCCGCCGCCGUCUUUCUCCCCAGACUGGCUUGGGGACGAGUAUCCAGGGCUCUCCCUGGCAGGGGCACCUCCAGCGCGGGCGCCCCAGGUGUCCGCCCCGCCCUCGGCCCUGCCGGGCGUCCGACGGGCCUGUGCUCCCGGAGCUGGGCGGGGCGCAGCCCAUGUGGUUCGGGCGGGAGGCGCCGGGACCUGGCCAGUGGCCCGUCUGCCCGGGAGAGCCUGGCGCGAGCCAGCCGCCCUGCUCCCCGCGCGCUACUUGGCCCCAUCAUCCAACCUUGCCUCGGCGCCCGGACCUGACGCCGCCCUGCUUCGUCGUCCCCCGGAGAGGGUCCGGCUUCCAGGACUGACGACCGUGAUCCUGUGACAUUCUAGGUGUGACCCCGACAAGAAGCAGAAAUGGGGAAGAAACUGGAUCUUUCCAAGCUCACUGAUGAAGAGGCCCAGCACGUCUUGGAAGUUGUGCAACGAGACUUUGACCUCCGAAGGAAAGAAGAGGAAAGACUAGAGGGGUUGAAGGGCAAGAUUAAGAAGGAAAGCUCCAAGAGGGAGCUGCUUUCCGACACUGCCCAUCUGAACGAGACCCACUGUGCCCACUGCCUGCAGCCCUACCGGCUGCUUGUGAACAGCAAAAGGCAGUGCCUGGAAUGUGGCCUCUUCACCUGCAAAGGCUGUGGCUGCCUCCACCCAGAGGAGCAGGGCUGGCUCUGUGACCCCUGCCAUCUGGCCAGAGUUGUGAAGAUCAGCUCACUGGAGUGGUACUAUGAGCACGUGAAAGCCCGCUUCAAGAGGUUCGGAAGUGCCAAAGUGAUCCGGUCCCUCUGGGGGCGGCUGCAGAGUGGAGCUGGGCCUGAGCCAGUCUCUGAAGAGAGAAGUGGAGACAGCGAGCAGACGGAUGAGGAUGGAAAGCAGGACUCAGAGGCCCAGGUCCAGCCCUUUGGCAGCAAAAAAAAGCGCCUCCUCUCCAUCCAUGACUUCGACUUCGAGGGAGACUCAGAUGACUCCAGUCAGCCUCAAGGUCACUCCCUGCACCUGCCCUCAGUCCCUGCAACCAUGGACAGCCUGCAGUCCCUCACAGAUGAGUCCUGCUCAGAGAAGGCAGUCCCCCAGAAGGCUGAGGGCCUGGAGGAGGUGGACGCUGGGGCCUCUGGGUGCCAUCUCCAUCCAGAAGAGCAGCCGACACGCAUCUCACCUUCUGGACACGGUGCCCUCGCUGAGCUCUCCCUGCCUGGAGGCUCCCACGGGCUGGCCCUGGGGACUGCUGCUGCACUAGGGCCAAAUGUCAUCAGGAAGGAGCAGCUGCCCCUGCAGUACUUGGCUGAUGUGGAUACCUCCGACGAGGAAAGCAUCUGGGCUCACAUGGCGUCCCCCCAUCAUUCCAAGCGGAGAGGCCGGGCAUCCUCUGAGAGUCAGAUCUUUGAGCUGAAUAAGCGUAUUUCAGCUGUGGAAUGCCUGCUGACCCACCUGGAAAACACAGUUGUGCCUCCCUUGGCCAAGGGUGUAGGUGCUGGAGUGCACACGGAGGCUGAUGUGGAGGAGGAGACCCUGAGGAGGAAGCUGGAGGAGCUGACCAGCAACGUCAGUGAUGAGGGGCCCUCGUCUGAGGAAGAGGAGACCAAGGACGAAAAGGCAGAGCCCGACAGGGGCACCUCAGUUGGGACCCUCCCCCAUGCAGACUCAGAGGUGGGCACAGCUGCCCAUCAAACCAACAGACAGGAAAAGAGCCGCCAGGGCCCUGAGGACCCCGUCCAGCACAACAGGACCACAGAUGAGGCGCUGUCGGAGCUGGAGGACAGAGUGGCAGUGACAGUCUCAGAAGUCCAGCAGGCAGAGAGCGAGGUUUCAGACAUCGAAUCCAGGAUUGCAGCCCUGAGGGCUGCGGGGCUCACAGUGAAGCCCUCGGGAAAGCCCCGGAGGAGGUCAAACCUCCCGAUAUUUCUUCCUCGAGUGGCUGGGAAAGUUGGAAAGAGACCAGAGGAUCCAAAUGGAGACCCUUCGAAUGAGGCCAAGGCGACAGCUGUGCCCUAUCUUCUAAGAAGAAAGUUCAGUAAUUCCCUGAGAAGUCAAGGCAAAGGUGAUGAUUCUUUUGAUCGGAAAUCAGUGUACCGAGGCUCCCUGACACAGAGGAACCCCAACGGGAGGAAAGGGAUGGCCGGCCACACCUUCGCGAAACCUGUGGUGGCGCAGCAGCCCUAACAGGAGACAGGACAGAGCGACAGAGCAGCCCUGCACUCUUACGCCUCCUCUGUGGCCCUCCUGUCCCUCAUUGGCUCUGUGCUUUCCACUGUACACAGUCACCAUCCCAGUGAGAAAUGAGAAGGAACACCCCUCCACGUGGACUCCCACCUGCAAGAGGACAGCAGCACUCAGUCCUGCACGCUCACCUGGGUUUACUGACGACUCCUGGCUGUCCCACCAGCCUCUCUGAUCUAUGAGAAACAGCUGAGCUGCUGUGACUUCCCUUUAGGACAAUGUUGUGUAAACCUUUGAAGGACACACAGAAGACCAUUUUACUGUGUUCUUUUACCCUUUUCACUCUUGGCUUUCUUUUGUUGCUUUCAUGAAUGGAAUGGAAAAAAGAUGACUGAGUUAAGGCACCA